CGUGCCUGGACACCCGGCCCAUUUUGACACCUCGUUAGGGUUCCGCUCAGGCAGACGGAGAGAGAGAGAGAGAGAGAGGAAGACGAGGCAUGGUCGGGAGGAGACUAAUCUCCUUCCUGAAGCGAACUCCAACAUCACAGCUCUCGAGUUCGGCGGAGUCCGUAGCGGCGCAACCCACGGCUAAUGACAAAUCAUGGGGUCGGAGGGCCGUUUCCGGCGCUUUGAUAUGUCUCACCGGGGGUGUUGCUUUGAGCGCUCUCAAUGACCUUGCUAUUUACCAUGGUUGUAGCAGCAAAGCCAUGGAGAAAGCGAGUAAAAACCAAGCAAUUAUAGACGCCAUUGGUGAGCCUAUUGUGAGAGGCCCUUGGUACAAUGCAUCACUAGCAGUUGCUCACAAGAGACAUUCUGUAUCUUGCACAUUUCCUGUCUCUGGACCACACGGUACUGGAAUCUUUCAGUUGAAGGCAGUUCGAAAUGGAGAUAACUGGUUUUCGUUUUUACGAGCACGUGACUGGGAAAUCCUCAUCAUGGAAGCUCUGGUCCAUGUUCCCUCGAACGAAGAGAAGCGGCAAACAUUCCGCAUUAGCGUCUCGGACUUCUUCCCUCCCCCAGUUUCCGAGCCAUGCGCGGAUUGCAGUUCUCCAGCACAAGCUGCAGCAGCAGCAGCAGGAGGCUCUGGAGAAGCAGCCAAAAGCCAGACUAGUUGUUAGUAUUCAUUCAUACGAAUUUCACUUUCAUUCUUGCAAAUACGAUUGGCAGCAAAGAGAAGGCUUCACACUUCACCUGCUGCUUGUCUGAAUAAUUUAUGUGAUAAUCCCUCUCUGUUUGUUUAUAAUAGAGAAUAGGAAAUGAAAACAGCAAGGUUAUUUGGUCA